ACAUAAACACAAACACAGACACAAACAAACACAAACACACACUGAACCGCUCUUGAACACACACUACUCUUUUUGAAAACUUUAUGAAAACGCUUUUUACUCAACUUUUCUGAAGCAAUUCAUCCUUUUUCCAGCUUCGGAAGGAGAAAUACACGAAAACUCUCUGCAAGCAAAUGGACAACGUCCACUCAUUGAGAUCAAAGAUGAAGAACACCAGGAAACGCUAUUUAUGUCUCCAAAAACAGCUUCUGGCACCUAAAGGCAACAAAACCAAACAUGAGAAAAAACUCCAAUGGCUGAGGUGCAAAAUCCGUGGCAUAGAAAAAACCCUAUGCAGAAUGGAGGUAACAUUUUUGGUAAAAAAUCAGGAGGUGAAACUUUCAAACAGGCAAAGGAAGCAAAACAAAGAGACAACGUGUGCGUCUACGCAAACUGAGAAUGAGCAGAAAGUGGAUGAAGUUAACAUCCAACCCCUGCAGCAGGAAGUGAAGCCAACUCCUGUAGCUGGAGCUGCCAUUAUCUCAACUCCAUCUCAAAUCAUGGCAAAGAGACCCGGCUCCAGCAUGUCACCCACAACGAACAUCAAAAGGCCACGACUUGACACCUGUUCACCAGAUGCUGCAAGUUUUACACCUCUUGCAACAUCCAGGCCUAUGAACACCAUGGAUGUAACAGGACAACAAAGAGAAUGCCACAAAGGAAGGUCCCUUAUCUCCAGUGCCUUAAACACCCUUCAGCAGUCAUGUUUCGAUGCUUUGCCUACAAUCGCUGGUCGUCUUCUUUUUCGAAGAGUCUCUAAAGUUCCUGGUCUAAGCGACGAAGAAAAAUCAGUAAUUUCUGAUUUUUGUGAAAACCAGGCCUUAGCAAAGGAGUUGAUGACAGCGAUUUUGUGCAUGAUCAAGGCAGAGGGAACAGCUAUGAAACAUGAACUUCUGCAGACUCUGUGUAGGGUUUAUGUAGGCAUGUGUCAGAAGACUGGAGACUAUCACAAGGCACAUGUUCUCGCCUACAGGCUUUUGAAAGAGGACUUUCCUGAAGCCCCAAAGCUGAUUUUGGUUAUGGCGACAGCAUGGCCAAGCGUUUUUUCCAACGACAGCUCACUGUGCCGAGCCAUUCACAAGGUGACCAAGCUGAAAGCAGAGGAAGACAUAAUAGACUACCUCAUGGAUUACCUGCACUGGAUUGAGAAGCCUCCAGGUGAUGUAGACCAAAUCAUCUCCAGCACACUGAAGGCUCUUCUCCAGGACAGCAGUAUGACCUUCAGGAAGAACAGCUGGUAUGGUGUGGACCUCUGCCCUGCUGCCUGGGACUACAUCUACAGCCUGGAUCUUCUGUGCACACGAAAGGGCUGGAUUUGGACCUUCAAAAAUGUUAUAAGGCAGGAGAUUUGGCAGACCAUGAGCACUUGGCUGAUACAAAGAAGAUCUCAGCAAAUGGCAGUUGGAGAUGUCUGUGUAGCAGCACUUUUGAGGCUACUUGGGCGACUUGGCCAGCUGGGCCUUAAGGACAAAGAGGCUAUAAUGGUCCAGAACCUUAUCAAUGGUAUAAAAGACUUUGCAAACUACACAAGCGGGUAUGCAGAUAUGCCUUGGGAGGUGCAGCUCUCAGUGUUCUACGCAACUCAUGAUCUGGCACCCGGCAACCCCAGAGAAGCCCUGGAGGUUUUGUCAUCAUGGCAAAAAGGGAUGAAACAAGCAGUUCCUCCAGCUGUCACCCGCUGCAUUAAACAGAUCACUAUGCUCUGUAACCUGUAAAUAUUUAAUCUAACCUGUAAAUAUUUAAUAAAUGUGUAGAUCUAAUAAACCUGUAAAUAUAUUUAUUAUCACCUUUUUUUUAAUCACAUUUAUUUUUCUUGUCUCUUUGUAUCGGGUAUAAAUCUGUAUGCUAUUGACUUUGAUUUGAGAAUAUCAAUAAAAGUUGUAUUUUUUUUUAUAAAUAAAACUCAGAUAAAAGUUGAA